AUGAUCAUCCUUGGGCGGCAUCCUCUGUCUCGUCAUCUCAUUCAUCAGAGAAUGCUGCAGCAGGAGAACGAAGACCCGCCUGGGGUCUGCCUCCACGACGGCAUCUGCGACGGCGGCUCGGGCGAGGCGGAGCCUCUCGGGCACCGGCCGCAGCCGCAGGGCUACCCCGCCGCGGGCGAGGCCGCGCAGCCCGGCCCACCGUCGCCCGCCAGGCCGCCCAGAAGGUCCACGCUGCUGACGGCGGCCCUGGACAACGGCGCCCGCAGCUCGAGCAAGAGGAGGGCCGUCGUGGCCGACCUCGGCUUCGGCGGCGGCACGCGGGCGCCCCACUUCGCGCUGGCUCGGCACGGCGUGUGGCAGACGCUGAGCUUGAGGCAAACCAUCCAGUCCUGCGAAGACUAUUCCAGGAUCGUGACCAACACUCAACAAGCCACGGAGGGCGUCUUGACGGUGAUAUGGCAGAACAGGUGCCGGUCGACGAUGAUCUGGAUCUUGAUCCGCUGGAGGAUGCUCGCCCUGGACAAGGCGGAGGGCAAGCGGCGGGUCGAGGGGGCGAGGAACGCCCAGUUCGGCGAGUCAUCUCCGGAGGCGCACCUUGUCUUGCAGGCGAUGCAGGCGUGGAAGGUCGUGGCCACGCUCAGGCGCCAGGCGAAGGCGGACGCGGAGGUCAAGGUGCGGAUCGAGCAAGCCAGGUCCUUGCGGAUAGAUUUGAGGCAGCUCGAGAUGGACAGUGAAGACAUCGCCUGCGACCUCGAGAUCGCCAGCCACUCGGAGGCAAUGAGCGCGCGGCAGCUGGAGCAGACCAUCGCCCAGCGCAAGGAGCUCGCCGACCGCACCAACGCGAGGAACCCAGUGCAGAUGCGCACCUCCCUCGAGCACGUGGCCAGGACCACGUGCGACAGCGCGGUGGAGUCGUGGGGCCUCGGGAACGUGAGGAUGAAGUGGGCCCUGCGUGCGCGGAGCAACCUGCUGACGUUCAUGAAGCCAGACAGGCAGACUCUCAGGUCGGUGGCGAACCUUCCCUACGAUCACGUCGUCAUCAGGUGGCUGAACUUCGCCAUCAGCGAAGCCAAGCACUGCGCCUCGGGCGUCAUGGAGGGCCGACAGCCUGGCAAGGAGGACUUGGACGACCUGAUGGACGGCUCGUGGAGCGCUGGCAAGGACAUCGCCCUCUUCAAGCGCCGGUGCCAGAAGGUGCGCUCCAUCGAGACACCCCUGCGCUUCUUAAGCGACUCGCCCUCCACGUCGUACGCGCUGGGGACCGUGUGCGCCAUGAUGAACGCCUACGCGCGCGACACGAACAUCAUGGACCCGGCGUCCCUCUGGCCGCUGGACGAGGGCAACGCCGAGCAGCGCGCCGCGGCCGUGCACCGUUGCCUGCUCUGCCUGGCGCCCACCAGGGCCGCGGGCAGCCUGCUGAAGGAGGAGGACGUGUUGCGAGGCAAGCCGGACGUGCUCAUGCCGUUCCUCGCGGCCGUCUUCACG